AUGCCGAGGAAGAAACCGAGGUUCCAUUCGCUGAAGAAGCUGAAUGUCCGCCAGAAUUGGUCGCGGUGGUCAUUAUACGCCCUAUCACAGCUCAAGGCACCCAACGUCACCACCCGAACAUACUUCCAGCAGAAAUGGACUGCCAAGGCGUCGACGAGAGCAUACCAUGGCGAACACAUACGGGAGAAGAAGUGGAAGCACAUGUUCCGGCGGAACCUGCCAGCCGUAGUGGCCAUGGACCAUAGAUAUCUCGCCCAACACGAUGGUUCAGAGCAGGCAGCUGGUCGAGGACAGGGUGCGGAUUCAAUGGACAAAGCCCGGACAGGACCAAUGACACCGUACAUGCAGAUGGCAUACUACCCGCUCGAGAGGAGAUUGGACACAGCCAUCUUCCGCUCGUUAUUCGCGAGUAGUGUCCGACAGGCGAGGCAAUUCGUUGUCCACGGCCUGGUGAAGGUCAAUGGCAAGAAGAUGGUCUACCCCGGCUACGCACUCAACCCAGGCGACAUGUUCCAAGUCGACCCCUCCUCCGUCAUGUUCGCAACCGGCGCGCCAAAAGAACGCUCAUCAACCGCUCGUCGUAUCGCCAAAGAAAAGGCAGCUGCCCGCGCCGCAGAGCGUGAGCAAAACGGCGGACAAACACCCAAGCAACCCAAGCAAGACGACUUCGUAAUCACCCCAUCCACACGCGAAGAGCCCACACCCACCGAGCUGAAGAAACAACUCCAAGACCUAAUGGAGCAAGUCGACGGCGUCCUCGCCGAAGACGUCAAAGCAAAAGACAAGCAAAAGUUCCGCUCCUUCCGCCAAUCCGUCAAGAAAGCCAUAAGUCUCUGGCGCACCGCAAACCCAGAGACCAUCUCGACCCUCGACACGCAGUUCGACUUCCUCAAGACACAAAUCGCCGAGCGCGCUGCUGCCACGACCUCCUCCUCCCCCAAAGACGCUUCCGCCGCCGAACCCCUCAUCUCCGAAGAAGACCAAGCGCGUCUGCGGUCUGCGUUCGAGAAACUACGGCUAGAAACAGAACAUACGUCUGCGUGGAACAGGCGCGAUGCUAGGGCGCCGUAUGCGACGCCCUGGCGGCCGAGGGACUAUAUGAGUGCGUUUGCGUUUAUACCGCGGUAUCUCGAGGUUAAUCAGAAUAUCUGCGCGGCUGUCUAUCUGAGGCAUCCCGUUGCGAGACAAGGGUUGGCAGAGGUGCCUACACCGUUCCAUAUUGAGACGGGACAGUUGGCGUUCAACUGGUACCUGCGGAAUCGGUAG